AUGGCGGUUAAUAUCCCACCAUCUCCUGCUGGCAAGCAUGACUUGGGCAUCACCCCUCUCCUCCACACCCGAUCUGGCAACGAGCUCUGCGAUCAUCCGCAGACUCCAAAUCAAUUCGGUUUCACUAGCCCCUUCAGCACACCUCAGGGGAGCCCAAGCAAGAGUCGCAUGCCUCCCGGUGCAACAGAUCUUCCUGGCGUAUUCGACCAUGCGAUGAAACUCACACCGUCGCCGUCCAAGUCAGCAUUCAAUGGGCCGUCUUUUUCUCCUGGCAAAAACGCACUACACGGCAGCGAGGAUUCAAGCCUCCUGAAUGAGAGUGUGAUUCACAGCAGAGACAAUGCGAACCAGGCCCGGAAGUCAAAUAACGAAAAUACACCCCCUGGCGCUCUGCGGUUUGGGAGAGACCCCGCUCUCAAUACAAACCAGGCGGCCGUGUCGCGUCAGGAACCAUAUCAGAGCAGAGAAGCCAGUAAGAAGAGCCAAUCUCACCUCCGCGGCCUGACACCCGAGGAACUAGAAAAAUUACAACUUCCCAAUGUGAAAAGGCUUGCGAAUGUCACGCAACUUUACUUUCUCGACCAUUACUUUGACAUCCUCAGUUACGUGCAUAAUCGACAGACACGCCACGCACAGUUUAAAGCUGCAUACCCUGCUCCCCCAGCCACUCCUGUUGAGGAAUACGAAGCAGCUUUAGAAAAGUAUCUUGGUCGCGAACGUGCGAAUCUGCGCAAACGUCGGACCCGUCUACGUGAUAACGAUUUCCAAAUCCUCACACAGGUUGGGCAGGGAGGAUAUGGCCAAGUUUACCUUGCCCAGAAGAAGGAUACUCGUGAAGUGUGCGCGUUGAAGGUCAUGAGCAAGAAGCUCUUGUUCAAAUUAGACGAGAUCAGACAUAUCUUGACGGAAAGAGAUAUCCUCACAGCGGCUAAGAGUGAAUGGCUAGUGAAACUUCUCUACGCUUUCCAAGACGAAGAUCAGAUCUACCUUGCUAUGGAGUAUGUUCCUGGAGGCGACUUCCGCACACUGCUAAACAAUACGGGCGUCCUCCAUAAUCGCCAUGCCCGCUUUUAUAUUGCUGAGAUGUUCUCAUGUGUCGAUGCACUUCAUGUCCUGGGCUACAUUCAUCGUGACCUGAAGCCGGAGAACUUCCUAAUCGAUUCAACUGGACAUGUUAAAUUGACGGAUUUCGGAUUGGCUGCUGGCUUUCUCAAUCCCGGCAAGAUCGAAUCGAUGCGUAUCAAGUUGGCUGAAGUUGGUAAUACAAAUGUCCCCUUUGGUAGACCGAUGGAGCAGCGCAGCGCGGCAGAGAGGCGGGAGGGUUACCGCUCACUUCGACAACGCGAGGUUAAUUACGCGAAAUCAAUUGUUGGAUCUCCGGAUUACAUGGCACCCGAAGUUCUAAAGGGAGAGGAGUACGAUUUCACCGUUGACUAUUGGAGUUUGGGCUGCAUGCUCUUUGAGGCUCUUGCUGGAUAUCCACCUUUUGCUGGAGCAACUGUCGAUGAAACCUGGCAGAAUCUCAAACGAUGGCAAAGUGUUCUGCGCAAACCACAGUACGAGGACCCGAACUAUUUUCUGUCAAGACGCACAUGGGACCUCAUCGUUCGUCUGGUAGCUGCCAAGGAACAACGGUUCAAAAAUAUCAAGGAGAUCCAGGAGCACGAGUAUUUCGCUGAGGUUGAUUUCUCUCAAUUGCGACAGCAAAGAGCCCCCUUUGUUCCCGAAUUAGACUCAGAAACUGACGCGGGCUACUUUGAUGACUUUGGGAGUGAGGCUGAUAUGGCCAAGUACAAGGAAGUUUAUGAUAAACAGAAGGCUCUUGAGGAAAUGGCGGAUAGAAAAGAACAAAUGGGGAAGGGAUUGUUUGUUGGCUUCACUUUCAGACAUCGCAAGUCAACUGUCGAUAAUGACGGGCGAAGCAGUCCCAGAAAACCCAUCCCCACUGAUGGGAGCUUUGGAACCAUCAUCUAA